UUUGCACAGUGCAUUCAAUUUAAGUGUACAGCCCUAACCUAACCAAUAAGGAAGUACUACCUUUUGCAAUAUUUUGGUUUGAAUCAAGAAAAUGAAGACAGUGGGAUUGGGAGUAUUUUUAAUUUUUUUUCUCCUUUGUAAGUCUUCUUCGUGUGUAAAGAGAGUAAAGAGAGGUUGGGUUAUUCCUCCAGUCAGUGUACCUGAGAACAGCAAAGGUCCUCACCCGAUGUUCCUGGUCAAGAUGAAGUCAGACUAUGCCAUGGAAACUCAAAUGAUAUACAGCAUCACGGGCGAAGGGGCAGAUCUGGAGCCGAAGGGGAUUUUCACUGUUGAGAGAUUAUCAGGGAAUUUGUUUGUAACUCAGCCACUCGACAGAGAAAAAAAAGCUGAAUACAAAAUUAUAGCUCAUGCUGUAUCGUCGGAUGUGAUCAAUGCAGAAGUCAGGUCAAUGCAAAUUGUUAUCAAGGUUAUUGACCAAAAUGAUAAUAUGCCUCUGUUUACUCAAAGUUCUUUUAAAGGAUAUGUUUCUGAAUUUGCAGAACAGGGUUAUGUGUUCAUGACAGUCACAGCCACUGAUAAAGAUGACCCAGACACGGAUAAUGGUAUAAUCAGAUAUUCAAUUGUCAGCCAAAAGCCGGAACUUCCAAAACCAAACAUGUUUGACAUCAACUCUUCAACUGGAACCAUUCGUGUGCUACAGACAGGCCUGGACAGAGAGAAAUGGUCUACGUAUACUUUGGAAAUUGUGGCUGCCGACAUGGAAGGAAAAGGUUUGGCAGCCACUAGUACAGCUGUUAUUACUGUUACUGAUGGCAGUGAUAAUUCACCUCGGUCUGGACAAACUGAGAAGGAAGGGGACGCCGAUGGAGGUCAACCUGUCUGGGCUUCGGGGACGCCAAGCAAAACAUUCUGUCUGUUAUGAAUCAUUUAACAACCGUUUUUCUCACUUCCACUGUGAAGAUGGAAAAAUCCAAAAAGAUGUUCAUUUUAUAAUUGUGUUUCUGGACCUUGUUCUCUGGACUUGAGAUUUAUACACUUGAAAGAUGAAUAAAUAACCAAAUUGUGUUAGGGGCGUAUGCAUUUGCCCAAGAUACAACUGUUAAUAAACAAAUUGAUAAAAAAAAAAACCCUUUAAAACAGUACAAUGAAGUUCUUAGAAAUUACUCAUGAAAAAAAGUAUGUAUAUAUUUACAAUACGAAAUAUCUUAGCAAGACGUUAUCUCUAGUAAACAUACUAAUGAUUUUUUGGCAAAAAACUAAAAUCUAUAUUUUGACCCAUACGAUGUAUUUGUAACUCCACUCCCUCUGCGCUCACUUCCUGUUUGCCCAGCAUAAAGCCAGAGCACGUGUUACACUCAUUGUGGGUUUCACUGCCUUACCGAGCGAUUCCCCCCUGUUUAUUCUGACUGCUGUCGUGUGUAUGACCUUGCCUGCUUAUCCUGGCCAUUGUUUCCUCGGAUCACCCUUGUAUUCUGGUAACCUGAUUGGAUUGAUGCUUGUGUUACCGUCUUUGCUCUCUGGAAAUCCCUUGAACCUGUUUGCCGAUCUGACUUCCUUACUGUUAACAAACUUCUGCCUGUUGUAUCCGACUAUUCUCUUUUGGAUUGUCCCAAUAAACUUCGACACAUGGUUUCA